GAAAGCUGAGACGGGGGGACGGUUGAGCGCUGCAGAGCUGAGACCAGCAGUGUUUUCUGCGGAGGCGCACAUCUCCCGCAUCUGUUUUAUCACACCCUCUGCUGUGCGCUGGAGCAUUUUUAAUUCUACUAAUUGUUGCUUAAAUACAACAUAUCUUAAGCACUUAGAAAACUUGGAAGACGUGGUGAUGAUAGACAAUUUUGGACACCCCAGUUGAUGGUUUGCCUUUUGAAAAAAUAGGACACACGUCUGGCUGUGAUAGUUUGUCCACAGCUGUUGUUUUUCCUACUUCUCUCCUGACUUUGCCUCAGCCAUGGCUCUCUACUCUCGGUUUGUGCUCGUCGUGCUUUAUGGAUGGAGUUAUCUGUGCGCUGGAUUGUGCGCGAUGUUGAAAACGGACAGUUUCCCCGAGAGGUUUAAGGUGGAUUUUACGCACUCGGUGGAUAAAAAGUUCGCCGCCAAGGAUGACCGGGACGCGCAUUUGCAGGAUACAAUGACGGAGCACAUGCAGAUGCUUUACGACAAGUACAACCGGGCCGGGUUUCCCUUCAGGGACGGCAACACGGUUCGCAGCUUCAAAGCGCACUGGGGUACGAUAAACAACAAGCAGCUGCAGGUUUUCAACCUCACCUCCCUCACCCAGUCUGAGGACGUUCUGUCGGCAACUCUUCAUUACUACAUCGGAGACCUUCACAACAACACGCAGCGCUGCUUCACGCCCAAACGCUGCGCCCGCCACGGUCCCCGGAGACACAGCCACGUCCACAUGGUCAUCUGGAGCUUCGCUUCCGUGGACAACAAGAUGAGGAGUCUGGGACACUUCCGGAUAAACGUGUCCACCCUCUACAGGGACUUCAUUUCGUGGCAGUGGAGGGACAUAACCCGCGUGGUCAAUCAGGCCAAACAUCACGACGAGUUGCUCAUCGGGAUUGACGUCGCCUCACAAGGUCCGCAGCCGUGGAAGAAGCUCCUGUCUGACCGUUCGCCCUACAUCCUGGUUUACGCCAACGACUCUGCCAUCUCGGAGCCCGAAAGCGUGGUGGCCACUCUCCAGAGACACCACUCACUGGGAGGAGAGGGCUCCACGUCACACGGCCUCCAAAAGCUGAGAGCGCGCAACAACACGGCGCAAGAGCGACAGCUGCGCUCCAGACGCAAGCGGUCAGCGAACGUUCUGCUCCCUUUGCAAAACAACGAACUUCCUGGACCCGAGUAUCCGUACGAGACGAGAGGAUGGGACGAGACGAGUCCCUACGAGCCGAUGGAAAACAAGCAGCCCCGUCGGCCACGGAAAAAGGUCCGCAAGAAUCAGCGACCCAAGAAUCCCCUCCUGCAGUUUGACGAGCAGACCAUCAAAAAGGCGCGAAAGAAGCAGUGGAACGAGCCCAGGAACUGCGCGCGCAGGUACCUGAAGGUGGACUUCGCGGACAUCGGGUGGAGCGAAUGGAUUAUAUCGCCAAAGUCUUUUGAUGCCUUCUAUUGUUCUGGAUCCUGCCAGUUCCCAAUGCCAAAGGCUCUGAAGCCCUCGAACCACGCCACCAUCCAGAGCAUCGUUCGGGCCGUAGGCGUCGUACCCGGCAUCCCCGAGCCUUGCUGCGUCCCAGAGAAGAUGUCCUCCCUCAGCAUCCUCUUCUUCGAUGAGGACAAGAACGUGGUGCUGAAAGUCUACCCCAACAUGACCGUCGACUCCUGCGCCUGCCGAUAGUUCCGCUUCCUGUCUGCUCCUCGUGUCACACAGAAACAAACACCCUGCAACCUGAAACUGAACAUCCACUGAGCACAGCUUCCCGUUUGCACUGGAGGAGAGCGCCACCUGUUGUUCCAGGUGAGGAGGACACUGGUCAGCUGAGGGGAAGAAAUGGAUGACAUUAGCACGCCUCGGCGCUGACCGACUCUUUAUCUGCAUAUUUCUCAUCUGUGAUCCGUUGGGUGACAGCAGGGUGGAACAAAUCACACCAACAGAGACAGAAACUGAAGGGAAAAUAUGAAUCAUUAAGGAAAACCGACUCAGCUGGAGCCGACAGCUGUGGGCUGAGGGACGGUGUUCCCUCAUCAACCUCUCCUUCAUCGCAUGAACUUCUCUUGUUCCUUAAAAGCCACCUCUGCUCGCACUUGCAUGGUAUUUGUUACUCUGUGUAUGUAUUUAUGUCUGUACUAUCACUGUGUUAUUCGCUAUAAGAGAGGAUUUUGCAUAAUUAUGGGCUUGGCUGCUAUAGGGGAUUAUAUUAGGUUCCAAACCCAGAGUUGUGAUGUAUAGACAGUAGAUUUACAUGUUUGUGUUCAGAUUACGACUCCAUUGUUUGUUUUUUUUAUUUUUAAGAUUUCCCUUCAUGCAGGAGAGUAAGCUACAUUUUGUCUGUAUUUUAUAUUAAUCAGAGCUUUCAGAAGAUAAAUUACUUCCGAAUGCGAGAAGUCAUUCUGAACUUCAGCAAUUAGUUCAGAUUAUUAAAAGUGGUGUUCUAUUGACAGUUUAUGAGUAGUAAAUAUCUUACCUGCUACAUAUUCCUCUCUUAGCAUUUUUACUCUGAUCAAAGAUUAGCAUUCCGUUUAAGGAAAACAUACAGCCUCUGCCCUGUUAAAUUACAGCAAACGUGUUAAAUAUUGUGAAUGAAUUAUAUUUUAGAAAAAAUGUCAAAUUUUAAUGCAAUAGUGGUGCAAAGCGAUAAAAGCAGUACUUGUAAUUUUGCAUUUGCAUUUUUAGCAUUAUUGCUGCCCAGCUGUUAGCGAGACGACUGCUCUCUAGUUCACAAAAAUGAGGACUCUGUACGCUGCACACAAGAUAUUUACUACACGUACACUUUGAACAAAACCCCACUUUAAAAUCCAGAAUAAUCUUUUAAGGGGAAACAGCAAAUGAGGAAAAAAAAUAACUCCUCUGGAAAUAAAUAAUUUACCUAAUUCUUAAUGAGAUGUUUCAAACGUUUCUUAGAUCAAAAAAAUACAUCACAAAUAAUAAUUCUUAAAGCCUAAUUUAAUACUCAAAAUAUUUGUUUGCUUUCACACAUUGUAAUCCAGCUAUUUUUUGUAUCCUAAACUGUACAUGUUGUCCUUGCUAUAAUUUAGAAUGUUUAUUAAGAAUAAGCUUGAUAAAGUGCCUUAGUGGAUGUUUUUUCUCGACAAAAUUAGUAUUCUGUCAAUAUACAGGGCUCCUCUAAAUCGGUUUUGCUUUACAUAUCAUUUUUUAAAUGCUGAUUGUUAUAGAAAAAAUAAAUUUAAAAAACUGCGCAGGUUUUAGUUUAGUUUCCCAUGAAGGAACCUGGAGCCUUUAUGAGAAGUGAUCACCACGAUCUUGUUUUUUGUUUUUCCAGAGUUAGCCGUGACGAUAGCUGGACAAUAGUUGAACAUUUUUCAACGCAGAAAAUGAAAAAUAAACGUAUAAAAAAUACCAAUAUUCUUUUUGAUGUCACAGCAAUUCACGGGAAUAAUUUUAGUUAGGAUCUGGUGAGUUCUUUGAACGGACUUGAACCGACUAGUGCCAAUCAUUGGUAUUGCACCAUAAAUUGAUAAUUUUGCAGUUAGUGUCUAUCUUUUAUGCACAGCUUUGAUCUUUGUGCUCUUGAGCACGUAGAGCCUGAAGUUGACCUUGUUAUGCUAAAAGUCAACUUUAGCAUAAACUGGUUGAGGAGUUUUUAUCCAGUUUUAUACAGUCACCAAGGAGAUCAGACCUAAUUUUGUGGAUUACAUGCUAGAAUAAUUCAGUUAAGAUUUGACAUUAAUUAUUCAGGGGUUUGUUGUUUAAUCAAGUUUACAGUUCAUAUUAAAAACGUGAAAAAAAUAUUUAUUCAGCUCAGACAGCCUUCAAUACAACAGAAACCUUCUUUAUUUUUUACAUUCUUGUACAUUUUUUGUAUAUAUCUCACUGUUUAAAGCCUUCCUGUCUUAAAAGGGUGAAGUUCAACUUCUUUGACUUAAUUUGGAGCAACUCGGUCAUUCAGAUAGCCGACCUUGCUUGAUGAUGCGCAACGAGCAGCUGAGGGUAUUUAUGUGGUACAAAUUGGUUAGCCUGCACAGGGUGACCGUAGUGCUUGUUUUUAUAGCUAUGAUCACCAGCGGAGUUUAUUUUUGAAAUUAAUAUUUCACUAUUUUAAUAUUAAGAGACGUUUAUUUUGCAGAUUGUCUGACUUUUUGUAAUUUGUACUGACACAUCUUCAAAGUGUUCCUCCAAAGGCGAUCGGGCGCAUGCUGCAGAGCGAGGCUGAAAAGGUUUUUAUGCAGCUCUGACAGUCUGGAGUGCAUUUAGUAAACGAAUAAAGAAAAACAGGGCAGCAUUUAAUCUGUUUUUAAGAGCUUAUUCAUCUUUACUGCUCAAAGAAUCUUGUAAAUGUUAGAUAAAAAAAAAUAAAUGCUUGUACAAUAAGCUUCAUAAAAUAUAUUUGUAUAUGGAAAAGACUUUACCAUGCAUCUAUUUAUUUACUGGAUGUUGCAUAUCUUGUAAUGGUGUGGCUUGGAGAAGGAGAACUGAAGCUGGGGAGCACUGAUGGUCGUUCUAGUCGCUGAUGGACAUAUAUGUCACUACUGAUAUGAAACAAAGUGUGAUGAACUGUUUAAAAGGUCUCCCUGCGAAAAGCUCCCACCCUUCUUCCAAAGCAUUCAAAGAAAUGAAUAAAAUUAUGCAAGUUUCA